AUGCGCGCGGAGAUUCAACAUCGCGUGAAGCUGGAGAUCAGAAUCGGAGAGUUUGUGUCCCAGAACUAUCAAUACUACUCCAGGAUUUACAACGGAACUCACCUACCUCCUGGCAGGCGAUUCGUUGACGCCUCCUUCAUCCAGGCUUCUUCCAGAGCUGCACGCGUCAGUUUGCUGGGUCAGGGAAGGGAAUCCAUGGUGAGGCAUAUCAUACCUUUUACCAAGGACAUUGCCAUGCAGGACGAGAACAGGGCCAUACGGCUUUUUGACCAGGUGGAGUUCCACAAGUUCCAGCAGAAAAGGCACCCUGUCCCAGUCUCCCUGUUGGAAGAAGAAGAGCAACAAGAGGAGGAGCAACAAGAAGAUGAUGAGGAAGAAGAAGAGGAAGAGGACGAGGAAAAGGAAGAAGAAGAGGAAAAGGAGGAGGAAGAGGAUCAGGAGGAGGAGAAAGAGGAGGAAGGGGCCGAAGUGGGUGCAGUAACCACGGUGAGCUCCGGCAAGCAGAUGCAAAGCGCAGCCCUGGUGGACUUAGACGAGACUGAGGAAUCUGAGGACACGUCGGACAGGGACUCUGUGGAGGGUGGCAGAAGGAGACGACGACGGAGGCGAAACCGCCGGAGGUGGAUCGGUGGAAGGAGACGCAGUAGACGUCGCAGAAGAAUUUUCAAAGUCAUUGCGAAGAUGGUUGAGGAUGUCGUUGACUUCAUGGAGAGCCUUACGACAUGCUUGGGCUUCUGGGUAGAGUUCGCAAGCACUGGCUAUGACUACGAGAUCGUGCCCGGAACGGUGUCCAUGUCUCUUGGACUCUCCACGGGCUCCAUGGGGGCACUUGAGGACCUCAUCUCCAAACGAGCUCCACGUGCUUUCAUCUCCUUGGACUUUGGCUUCGCAGUGGGUGCGACCAUGAAGGGCUAUUGCUGA